CCUUCGCUUUCCAGCCGCGUCCCCUCCCCACCUCCCUGCGCGCCCCGCGGCCAUGGGGGCGCUGCUAGCUCUCUGCCUCCUUCUGGGAUGGCUGCGCUGGGGCCCAGCGGGCGCGCAGCAGUCGGGAGAAUACUGCCACGGCUGGGUGGACGUGCAGGGCAACUACCACGAGGGCUUCCAGUGCCCGGAGGACUUCGACACACUGGACGCCACCAUUUGCUGCGGCUCCUGCGCGCUGCGCUACUGCUGUGCCGCGGCUGACGCCCGUUUGGAACAGGGUGGCUGCACUAACGACCGUGGCGAACUGGAGCACCCGGGCAUCACGGCACAGCCCGUCUAUGUCCCCUUCCUGAUUGUCGGCUCCAUCUUCAUCGCGUUCAUCAUCCUGGGCUCUUUAGUGGCUAUUUACUGCUGCACCUGCUUGAGACCCAAGGAACCCUCGCAGCAGCCAAUCCGCUUCUCACUCCGCAGCUAUCAGACAGAGACCCUGCCCAUGAUCUUGACCUCUACAAACCUCAGAGCGCCUUCCAGGCAGUCUAGCACGGCCACAAGCUCCAGCUCCACAGGGGGCUCGAUCCGGAGGUUCUCCUUUGCCAGGGCAGAGCCAGGUUGCCUGGUUCCCUCGCCACCCCCACCUUACACCACGGGCCACCCAAUCCACCUCACUCAGCCAUCCGGCUUCCUGGUGUCACCUCAAUACUUUGCUUACCCCCUUCAACAGGAGCCCCCACUGCCUGGGAAGAGCUGCCCAGAAUUCAGUUCCAGUUGACAUGCCACGGCCUCAAACUCAUUACGUAGUAAACUGGCAGACAGGUGGAGC